UGUCGAUACAGUUUUCAUAUUUCUUUCUUUCAUAUAAAUCUACAACACUCGUUUGUUACCACAGAGAACCGUGACAUUGCUCAUUGUCCGAUUGGCGAUUGAAUCGAAUUGAAAUUUAUCAAUAUAAAAUUCACGUUAACAGCACAAAAUCAAUCAGUACAUUGAAAGCGGUUAUACGAAGAAAGUCGCUGGGACUUCCACUUAUCUAAACAAUAAAAGAAGUGAAAUUAAUUUUCUGUCUUUGUAAAAAUUAUGAAUGUGUCGGUUGUGGUGCUAAUCUAUGUUACUAGUUUGUUUGUGCUAUCGCUGGCUGACGACGCAAAGCCCAAUCAAAAACGAAUUUUAAAAUUGAAAAAUGUUAACUAUAACAAAACGGACGCAAAGCCAAGGACGACCAAGAAGUCACAGAGAAACAAGACCAUAUUCGUCCUGAGCAAUCCAGUGGUCUAUCCGCAAAAAUUGUUUUCACCGAAACCGACAGAGAAUGCGAUAGCAAGGCCAACGAAUCAAUUCGAUUUUCUAAACUUUGACGCAUACAUUUUGAAACCGCGAAGCAUAAAUUACACAGCAGUGUUGUCCAACGCAAACAGUAAUGUACAGGAGAAGGAAUCGAACCAAUCACCCGAACCAACAACGAAUUAUCCACAAAACGAGUUCCUCGAUUUUCCCAGGGCUGAGCCGUUAAUUCAAACGACCGUUCCACCGUUCCUUGAGACAAUUCCUAUCGAAACAACGACACAGAAAAUUAAAAAACCGCCAGUGAAGCUCGUGACGACAAAAAAACCAAAAAUAAAUUCCUUGUUCCCACUGGGCCUCGCUUAUUUUGACUCCUUGAAUAAAUAUCGCAAGGCCUUCGAUACUUUGAGGAAGAAAGAAGGGUCGAAGAAAUCCAGAAAAAAAACCAAAACAACGUCAUCAACGACAACAUCGACAACGACAACGACCUUACCACCAACUACAACGACCGUAACAGAAGAACCAUUUACUGAAACCAUAACCAACCGCGAAUAUGGAUACGUGGCGACACCAAAUUUGGACGAGGAUUUAUACGAAGAACCGCACUUCGAGUCGUACAGAUAUAAGCCUAGGUAUCAUCACAACUACGAGGAUGAGACUGAAAGAAAUCGAUACGAGACAACAGCCCGUUAUUUGGACUAUGAUACGUUCGAUCGUGACGACAAUCACUAUGAAUCAACAGAAUCAACCGAAACAGUUACAACGACGACAAAACCACCGAAUUCGGCGCGUCGCAGACCGAGGAAUAAAAAUUUACAUUCGUCGAGUGUGAAAAGCAAUUUUUUGUAUGAUCGUUACACUAACUAUCCGCAAGAAAGCCGACGAGUGGUUUCCGUAGCAAGGAUGGAUAAUUACAAAGACAGACGAAAUAAUCGCAGCAACUAUCAGGAAGCGAGAAAAACCGAUGAAAGAGGAGAUGCAAGAGGCGACGCAAGAGGAACGGAAAAAACGGACGGAGGUGAAAAGAAACAUAAAAACAUCAUCCCAAUGCAACGACAUUACUUCCAGGACAUUUUCACUUCAAAAUUGAGUCCUCAUUUACUAGAAUACGGUCAUGUCAUGGAAAAUGAUCGAGGAUGGGAGGAGAGAUACGAAAAGAAAGACAUGAAAGACAAUCGUCAUCAGGGAAAAGUGAGAUGGAACGACAAAAAAGGAGGAUUCGGUGAAUUGUAUUAUGAUCUUAAUCAUCAUUGAACUGUAGAUAAUAACUCAACUUAUUUGUAUUUAUGGAAAGAUAUAAAUAAAGGUUGGAACUU